CCGCAGCGAAACCAUUGCCCUCCUGCAGGAGAAAGAAGACUAUCUUGUCUGCAGAUCCACCAUGAAAAUCGGUAUCCUUAAGCGCAAUGCCAAAGAGCUGCGCAAGCAGAAUGAAUCGCUUAAGCAGCAGGUGCACGCAAUGGAAGACGAUUAUACGAAUCUGAAAGCCUGGUCUGUGGCAUCCGAGCAACAGCAGAGCCUAUACAAAUACCACAAUACAAAACUAAACACUGAACUUAAAAUGACGCAAAAUGAUCUCCGCAGGGAGAUGGACUCGAAGCGAAAGUUGGUGGAGCUGAUAUUGCGUGGGGAGAGUAAUGAGAAAGUAAGCUUCAUGAUGAGCGACUAUACAACAAUGACUAACAUUUAA